CAAGGCAGUCUGCGAAGAUGAGAACCUCGACGAAACACUGCUGGUGCUGCGCGUGGUCAGGAUCGUGCGGGGUGAGAAUGUGCAUGACAAGCCUUGGCUUUGAGCUCGACGGUGAGGUAGUACCAGCCAUACGGGAAAGCAGCCAACGUUGCUGAGACCGCGCAGAGCAAGCAAUAUAGAUGAAGUAUGAUCAUCAUCAGAAAGCGCUGCCACCGCUGAAAAACAUGGCAAGGGAUUACAAGUGGGCCGCGAGCGAGACAGACCGCGAGAUCUGACGCGAGAGCACUUCGCGAUGUAGAAAUGCAGACACGCCACGAGGCGCAGAAACACUCUUGAUCCAUGCGAUGAUCCAUCUUCUUCUCUCGCUCUGCCUCGCCAGCCUCGCUUACAGUGUAAACGCUCGUACAUUCACAUUCCUGUGGUCUCCUUGCUCCGCCGUUUGCACACUGCCUAACAAAUUAGCGGCAUACAACGUUCGCGGUUUACGAGAUAUGACUGAAGCCCAGCUUGUGCUCGAUCCUAGCAAACUCAAAACGCAUCAAUGCGCGAUCGUCCGUCAGAACUUCCCGUCCUUGACAGCUCGGGCUGAUGUCUGCGCGAAUAGAAAGUGCUCACGCGGAUCCGACGCCGACCGACUUGCCGAGCGAGAUCGGUCAUCUCGACGGACAUGUACGACUACCUAGCGGCUGUCUGCUGGCCCAUCAUCCAGACAGGAGUCAAGCCACUCGAUCGAUACUGCUCAAUGCACUAUUGCCUCGAUCUGCGCCUAUCCUACCUCUCGGGGCGCCAUGAUCCACAUGUUGAGCGAAAGUACUUCAAUGUCAUCUGUCAGAGCGAUAGCGACGUCGAC